AUGCUUGAAUUUGACGUGUUAGCUGAUAUUGUUCGUAAUGAUGGGAUGCUUAAACGUAAAAUAAGAUUUGUUAAAAGGACAGGUUUAAUAAAAGGGUUUGAAAAGUCGAUUGAUUCUGGUUCUGCAGUAAGCAGGAAUAAAGGUUUACUUUCUCAUGAUGUGCAUUUUUCGUCGAUGGUCUUUCGCAAGAACUUCAAAGAGUUUUCGGACUUGUUGGUUACCAAAUUGGAGCAGAGAAUGGGUUUGAAGUGGGGAGGUUUUGCGAUAAUGCUUGAGAAUGUGUUGCGCAGAAGCUCAUACUCUUCUCCUUUGAGCAGUGAUUUCACUUCAUGUAGCGUUUCCAGCAUUCGUUGCUGGGAAAGUAACGGGGUGGGUCGUUUGAUACAGGUAACCUCGUUAUGUCUGGCGUUAGAGUCAGGUUAUCAAGCUAUGCAAGAACCUGACUAUUUUGGUCACCAGAAGAAUUAUGGAGGUUUCUCGAAAAACUCAUCAAGUGCCGUUGGCGAUUCAUUUCGCGUACAAAUCGACUAA